AUGCUUAAACUUCUGAUGAAGGCGGCUCUUGCUGCCGUAGGUGUCUGUUACACCACGCCAACUGCGACCAACUCAAGCUCGACUUUCACAAACCCAGUUCUUGACACAGUGGGCGCUGAUCCUUGGGUCUUCCGCCACAAUGACUACUACUACAUGACCUACACCAACAACGAGAACAUCACUCUACAGCGCAGCAAGGUGCUCACAGACUGGAACAAUGCUGAGUCCAAGCUAUUGUUCAAGCCGCCUCCAGGCAUGAACUAUUCUACGGACCUAUGGGCACCUGAGCUACACAAUCUCAACGGCAAUUGGUAUGUCAUCUUUACAGCAGACCCACGUAAUGACUCCCCGCCACCUGAGACGGAGAUGUGGUGCGAGUAUAAUUGCCCAGCGGUCAAUCAUCGCAUGUACGUGGUCGAAGGUGUCGGUUCUGAUCCGUGGACUGCUUCCUACAGCUACAAGGGCGAGCUCGACACGUACAACCAGUUUGCCAUCGACGGUACCUACUUCCAGCACAACGACCAGCUAUACCACGUCUAUUCGUGCUGGCUCCGUCAGUAUGAUGGCUGGCCAGCCAACCUGUGCAUCACCAAGCUAUCUAAUCCUUGGACCGUCACCUCGCCCUUCACAGAGCGCCAGAUCAUCUCUGUGCCAGAGUACGCCUGGGAGAAAACACCAUUCGGUCGUGCGAGCAAUGACCGUCUCUCAUCCAAUGAGGGGCCGCAGCAACUCAUCAACCCUAAGACACAGCAGAACUUCCUUGUCUUCAGCGCCGCUCGCUCUGACAACCGCAACUACUGUCUUGCGCAACUGGAGCUUGUUGGCGACGACCCGAUGAGCCCAAGCGAUUGGCGAAAGCACUCGUACCCCAUCUUCUACCAAAACCCCGGCGAGAACGCAUACGGCGUUGGACACGCGAGCUUCACAACCAGCCCUGACGGGAGUGAGGACUGGAUCGUCUACCAUGGUAUGCGGGAUCCGACAAACGGUUGGGGUGCGAGGACGAUUCGUGCGCAGAAGUUCACGUGGAACGAUGAUGGGUCGCCGAAGUUUCCCAGACCUGGUUACGGACCGUAUCAGGUUCCCAGCGGACAGUAG